CAGAUUAUCGCUUAGGCCAUGCGAUAUGAUUUUUGUUUAAUACUUAUCCUAGUUUCGUAGAUAGAUGUAGUGUACGGUUUAUUUUUUCUGUAAUUUAUUUUGUAACUUUAGUGUAAGUUAACAAAUCGAUUUAUUUAUAAUUUUUUUGUAAAUUCCUGUUGCUAUUAACAUGAGGGAAAUAGUACAUAUCCAAGUGGGUCGAUGUGGCAACCAGAUCGGGUCGAAGUUCUGGGAAGUAAUAUCCGACGAACACGGUAUAGAUCCAAAUGGUUGCUAUCAUGGCGACUCUGACCUUCAACUGGAGAGGAUCAACGUAUACUACAACGAGGGUUCAGCUUGCAAGUACGUCCCGCGCGCGGUGCUAGUCGACCUCGAACCUGGGACCAUGGACUCCCUCCGCGCCGGACCCUUCGGACAGAUCUUCAAACCUGAUAGCAUAGUUUUCGGAUCAACCGGCGCAGGCAAUAACUGGGCUAAAGGACAUUUCACAGAAGGCGCAGAUUUGCUUGAAGCUAUACUCGACGUUAUCAGGAAAGAAGCUGAAGGCUGUGACUGUCUCCAAGGCUUCCAAUUGAUCCAUUCCCUUGGCGGCGGCACUGGGUCAGGAUUAGGGACUUUGCUCUUAGGGAAUCUCACUGAAGAGUACCCUGACAGAGUUUCUGUCACUUACUCAAUAGUGCCAAGCCCGAAAGUGUCGGACACCGUCGUCGAACCGUACAAUUCCACACUAUCCCUGAACCAACUGAUAGAAAACUCCAAUCAGACGUUCUGUAUCGACAACGAAGCGCUAUACGACAUCUGCUUCAGAACUUUAAAGAUCACGACACCAACUUACGGAGAUCUAAACCAUUUGGUGUCAGCGACUAUGUCUGGGGUGACCACGUGUUUGAGGUUCCCUGGACAAUUAAACGCGGAUUUGCGUAAACUGGCAGUGAAUAUGGUGCCGUUCCCGCGGCUCCACUUCUUCAUGCCAGGGUUCGCGCCGCUGACGUCACGCGGCAGCCAGCAAUACCGCGCGUUGACAGUACCAGAGUUGACUCAGCAGAUGUUUGACGCGAAAAACAUGAUGGCGGCAUGCGAUCCGCGACACGGGCGAUACUUAACCGUCGCUGUUGUCUUCCGAGGUCGGAUGUCCAUGAAGGAAGUUGAUGAACAAAUGCUGAAUAUCCAGAAGAAGAAUAAGGAAUAUUUCAUUGAAUGGAUCCCGAAUAAUGUUAAGACAGCUGUGUGCGAUAUUCCUCCGAGAGGUUUGAAAAUGUCGGGAACGUUUGUCGGAAAUACGACGGCUAUCCAGGAGUUGUUUAAGCGGAUAUCGGAGCAGUUCUCGUCGAUGUUCAGGAGGAAAGCGUUUCUGCAUUGGUACACGGGUGAGGGCAUGGAUGAAGCUGAGUUUGCCGAAGCUGAUAACAACCUUAGCGACCUGAUCUCGGAGUACCAGCAGUAUCAGGACAGUACGGUUGAUCAGGAGUUCGAGGACGAAGAAGAAGGAGAACACGCGGCGAAUGACGAUAGUGAUGAAUAAUUUAUUUUUGGUUUAUUUAUGUAUUUAUUAAUAAAGGUUGUGUUUGUGUGAUUUUA